CCACCUACGCCAGAGCGAAAGGUUUUUGUCUUGUUGCUUUGUUAUAGUUAUUCGAUUCUUGACUCUCUGUUCUGCGUCUGCGUCCCGUUCUCGUGGCUAAAAGAAAGGCAAUCUAGCGUAGUUCGUGCUCAAUCGUGAAUUCGAAGUAAAUUAAAAAUGUCUCGCAGCGCGUACCUGUUGUGUGUGAUCUUUUUAGGCGCCAGUUGCAUGGUUUUCAGUGCAAGUGCAGCGCGGAGUUACAGAAGGGGUUACAAGACCACGGAGCCGCCGACCACAACGCCGCCCCCACAGACGCCCAAGGAGUACCUGGACAGUCGGACAGGAAUCUCGACAUUCGGCAUAAUCGCCAUUAUCUUUACAGUUAUUGUACUUUGCCUGGUCUUCUACUACGGCAUCAUUUGCUACCCAUUGCUAUGUCGCGAUGAAAAGAAAUAUAGGUUUAUGGACGUGUCCUCAACGAUUACCGCCGCCACAUCGCGUUCCAUCCAAUCCAUAGAAAACUAUCCCGACCAGAAACACCACCAUCAACUGGCCUGAUUCGAGGUCUGGACACCCGUAUGAUUGUGGUUUAGCUGUACUUUAUUUAGUAACUCUAAAAAGACUUUUAUGCCAGCCAGAAACGUAAAUCUAUCAGUAAGACUACAGAUUCAAGGUCCUAAGCAAAACUGACAAGAAAAGUAUCAAACAUAGUUCUUAUAAUUUUGAAGCUCAUAUAAUCAUCGAGUUUAAAGUAAUUAGACCACUUGUUCCCUUGACCAAAACUUUUUUGAAUUAUUUAAUUUAACGAAGUCAUGGAAAUGGCACAAAUGUCAACCAUCUAAUUUUAAUUUUUUUUUGUCCAUAAAAACAAAAAUAGUUUUAUAAAUCCGUGUACUUACAAUGUUCUUAAUUCCUAAAAAAAAAAAAGAAAAUAUUUUUAAAACUUUCGUAUGAAAUGAAACAAUAUACAAUUUCUUGUCAGGUACACUUAGGACCAAUGCAAUAACCAGUUGAGGAGUUCACUGGAAAGGGAAUUAAUCAUUCAUAAUUGUAAAUUGGGUUUCCUACACAUCUCCGCCGUUUCUUUAUCUGUGUUUUUCUUAAUCCC